GCAGCCCAGACUAACCAACCCACUGGGAGAGAUGCCUGGGGGUCCCGGAGUCCCCCAAGUGCCGUGUGCUACUAUCUUUCUCCUCUUCCUAAUCUCCGCUGUUGGUCUGGGUACUGACUGCCCUGUGGGUGGAUGAGGGGCCCCUGCAUCGGCCGUGAGCCUGGGGACUGCGUCACCUCAGUGUCUGCACAGCAGCGCGGACAGCACCUUCAACGUCACGUGGUUGUCCUCAGGCAAUACAUUAUUUGAUAUAUUCUGGAGCCAGCGAAGCCCCAACGGCGAGCUGACCAUCAGCACCGUGAACAAGAGCCACAUGGGCAUGUACAGGUGCCAGGAGUGGAGAGAAAAGGCUAGCCAUGGAGUCCUCAACUUCCUGCUCACGGCACCUACCCUCGGCGUCGCAGUGAGUGCUUGUGGCUGGCUCCGGGAGCCACUCUCCAGACCUUUCCUGGACAUGGGAGAGGGCACCAAGAACAACAUCAUCACGGCCGAGGGCAUCAUCCUGCUGUUCUGCGCUGUGGUACCUGGGACACUGCUGCUGUUCAGGAAACGAUGGCAGAAUUUGAAGUUCGGGGUGGACGUCCAGGAUGACUAUGAAGACGAAAACCUUUAUGAGGGCCUGAACCUUGAUGACUGCUCCAUGUACGAGGACAUCUCCCGGGGCCUCCAGGGCACCUACCAGGAUGUGGGGAGCCUCCACAUCGGAGACGGGGACGUCCAGCUGGAGAAGCCUUGACCCUGAGGGCUGCGCCAACCAGCUGUGCCCCCCACCCACCCCUUCCUGUUCUCUUUUCACAAAAUCUUCCCUGGGAGGGUCCUGACUCAACUUCCCCCUUGGGGGUAUCCACUCUUUUUCCCUCUCGACUGUCCUCAUCCCCUCCCCACACCCCAAUUCAGUUCUCCCGCUGCCCGGC